UUUUCAAUACAUGAGAGGUUUGGACAUUACUAGAUUUAUCUUAUAAUCUUCUGAAAGGUCCAGUUCCCAAAUUAAACCAUUUUCUACAAAAAGCUCCAAUUGGUUGGUUCACACACAAUGAGGGUUUAUGUGGUGAAGUGAUUGGUUUGCCUCCAUGUCCAUCCCCUUCUCAAAGUAAAGAUCAUGCAAAGAGGCACAACAAACUUAUUACUGUAACUGUUAUUCCAAUAGUAUGCAUUGUGUCUCUCAUAUGUCUAACGCUUGUGGUCACAUUGUUUUACUGUAGAAGGAAGAGAGCCGUCAUACAUGAAUCAAGUGAAAUAGUUCAUGGAGGUGCAAUUUUCUCAAUAUGGAACUUCGAUGGAAAAGAAGCGUAUAAGGAAAUUGUUAAGGCAACCGAAAAUUUUGAUGAGAAAUAUUGCAUCGGUGCUGGCACUUAUGGUACAGUCUAUAAAGUGACCAUAUCAUCCGGGAGAGAUAUUUGCUAUCAAGAAAAAUUCAAAAAAUAGAAGAUCAAGCAGACGGACAAUCUUUCAGAAAUGAAGUACAAGCAUUAACUCAAAUUCGGCAUCGAAAUAUUAUAAGGCUCUAUGGUUUCUGCUCCACUAAUAAAUUCAACUUUCUUGCAUAUGAGUACAUGGAUAGAGGAAGUUUAGGAGCAAUACUAAGGUCCGAAGAUGAAGCCAGGGAGUUUUGAUUGGAUCGAGAGAGCGAACAUCAUCAAAGACAUCGCUCAUGCUUUAUCAUAUUUGCAUCACAAUUGUGUUCCACCCAUUGUUCAUCGAGACAUAACGAGCAAUAAUAUUUUGAUGGAUGAGGAGCACAAGGCUUGCAUUUCGGACUUUGGUAUUGCUAAAUCUCUAAACCCUAAUUCUUCUCAUUGGAGUAUGCUUGCAGGCACUCAUGGAUACAUGGCACCAGAGCUUGCAUAUAUAAUGCGGGUGACUGAAAAAUGUGAUGUAUAUAGUUUUGGAGUUGUAGCACUAGAAGUGAUACACGGAAUGCACCCUGGAGAUCUUUUAAGUGCCUUAGCACCAAGCAUGUUAGUAAAAGAUAUUCUGGAUCCACGUCUUCCACUUCAUAUGGGCGAUCAAGUGGCCGCAAACAGAAUUCUUUCAGUGAUUUUUAUUGCAUUGCAGUGUAUCGAUGCCAAUCCGCAAUCUCGGCCAACUAUGGAACAAGUAUCUCAAAUCUUAUCUUCGGAUAAGUCUUUAUCAAUAUCCUCCAUGAUUCCUUUCCAUGCACUUACCUUGGCUCAGCUGAUGAAUGCACACCCAUGAUGAUCAAAUGCAUUAUUGAUGCAAAAAAAAGUUCAUAUUGUGCUGUUGCGUUUGACACAUAUUUGUAUAGAUGUAAGAAUACAAGC